AUGUUGAUACUAAUUUUAACACCCACGUCAUUGAAAGUUGCUAUGAGGAAAAAUCAAAGCGGAAAAACAUUCAAAACAGCGUUUUGUGGUUUCGUCAUUUCUUUUGUUGCUGUUUUAAUUUUGGACCUUUCGGCAAUGUCAAUGUUCAUUAUCGAUUGCUUGAGAGUUACAUCAACAGACGGGUUGAUGGAACUCCUUGAGAUUCAUAACCCAAAUGAAGUUCGAUCAAUGUUCGAUAGUAUUCCAUUUGAAAGACGUCUCAUGCCAUCAUUAAUCAUGACAUUUUUUGCUUCGAAAGGAAUUCUUCUGAUAAUUAUUAAUGUGAUUUUAAUGUCGAUUCUCGUUUCAAUAGUUUCAUUCAAUCAGAAACAAAAAGCAUGGAUUGAGAACUAUUUACAACAAAGAAAAUCGAAAAUUAGUCAUGUUGUUGGAAUAUUAAAUUCGGUGUACACUCCUGAUUAA